ACGACUGACGCUCUUAUUUUGAAGGCUACAUCAGAAACAUCCGGGCGGGUACCGGCCGCCUCUCGGUAACUUUCAACGGUAAACAAGCCCGGAGGAGCCCGACAAGCCGUAGCGGCGUCUAAUGCCUAUGUUUUGCGCCUUGUGAAUGAAAGUGUGCACAUUAUUGAGCCGUUUGUACUCACCGCAGUGAUUUUAGCGCACAAACCUCCGCACACCGAGCGGUUUGUUUGGCUAGCCGGCUAGCGUGCUAACAUUAGCGGUGAGGAGCGCUGGCUGGCUCCUAACAAACCUGGACACGGUAAGUAUCUGACCCGCCGUUCUCCCGGGGAAUAAAACCGUAUUUUUCUAAGCCCUCACACGUUCAGGGGUGACAGAUAUAACCAGAAGUACCGGAGUAGCGUGACCAGACAGGGCUCCGAUGUCGCUGGUGGACCUGGGGAAGCGACUGCUGGAGGCGGCUCGUAAAGGUCAGGACGACGAGGUCCGAAACCUGAUGGCCAACGGAGCUCCGUUCACCACCGACUGGUUGGGGACAUCCCCCCUCCACCUGGCCGCUCAGCAUGGUCAUUACUCCACCGCAGACGUCCUGCUAAGAGCCGGCGUAAGCAGAGACGCCCGCACCAAAGUGGACAGGACCCCGCUGCAUAUGGCCGCCGCCGAGGGACAUACCGUGAUCGUCGAGCUGCUGGUCCGGAGCGGUGCAGACAUCAAUGCCAAAGACAUGCUGAAGAUGACGGCUCUGCAUUGGGCGGCUCAGCAUGGACACCACGGCGUGGCCGAGACCCUCAUCAAACACGGAGCCGACGUGCACGCACUCAGUAAGUUCGACAAGACGCCGUUCGACAUCGCCGUGGAUAUCCAGAACACCGAGCUGAUGCUGCUGCUGCAGGAAGGCAUGCAGAACCAGGUGAAUAUGAACCAGGUGAACAUGAACCAGGUGAGUAUGAACGUGGAGACCAGCACCACCACCAACCAGCCGCAGUUCAUCAUCCAGGGAAUACCUGCCAUACAGGGGGGGGUGGUCAACCUGGCGGAGCUGCUGAACAAGGCCAACGCAGGAGAUUCAGAGGAGGCGAUGGCGGCCAGUGCUCUGGACUCUAACAUCCAGCACGCCACUGUUGUCAACGAGGGGGGGCAGAGGGUCAUCACCAUAGUAACGGACCAGCAUGGCAACCUGCAGACUACUGGAGGGAUGGCGCAGCCGUUCUUCGUUACCAUGCAGCACGGACAGCAGAUGCUGGCGGUGCCGGCCAACACAGUGACAGAGGAGGUGGUGACGGAGGAGCCUCAGCCUCCACCCUCCAGGAAGAGGAAGCUGGAGGUGACCAACAACCACAACGACACAGGAGAGACGGAGUUGUUGCAGAGGCAGCUGCAGGAGGCAAACAGGAAGGCGCAGGAGUACCGGCAGCAACUGCUGCGUAAGGAGCAGGAGGCCGAGGAGUACCGUAUCAAACUGGAGGCCAUGGCCCAGAGUCAGGCCAACAGCACCAACGCCAACGCCGCCGCCAUGACCGCCGGCGGCACCGCGGCCAACGCCGCAGCCAGCCCCGAGGAGGUGGUGGGAGGGGAGGAGGACGAAGAGGAGGGGGCUGCCAGCGUGGUGGAGGAAGAGGGAGAGAUGGUGGUGCUGCAGGAGGGAGGCAUCAUCAUGGAGGGGGAGGAGGGUCAGGUGACGCUGGUGGAGACGGGGGGAGAGACGACGGAGGUCAGCUCCUAACAGAGAGAAGGAGGGGGGGGGGUGACACUGACGAAAAGACACAUCAGGAGAGGGUUGGUUUGACUCACAAGUUUGCAUCCCAUUUAACAGAGAGUGAUGGAGGGGAAGGAGAUGAGUCACAGUAGGACGAUUUCAAGUGUGCACCAUUUUGAAUCCCCAAGAGAUUUCAUACAACAGAGAGGAGAGACGAAAUGGCUUCCCCAAAAACAGUAGGAUGAGAGAGACAGACUGGAAACAGACUCAACAAACAUGAUGGUGGAAUUCAGUCGUGCACCAUUGUGAAUCCCAGAACGAUUUGAUAACAUUUAGAGAAUGAAGCGAAAUGGCCUCCCCAAGAGAACAAAACAGUACAAAAACAGACUGACAGAGGUCUAAACAAACAAGAUGGUGGAGUUUAAUCGUGCACCAUUUUGAAUCCCCCCAAAAAAUUCGGUACAACAGAGAGGAGGAACAAAAUGGCUUCUGCAGAACCAGUAGGACGAGACAGUCACACUGAAAACAAACUAAACAAUCGUGAUGGUGGAUUUCAGUCGUGCACGAUUUUGAAUAUCUGAAUGAUUUGAAACCAACAUGUCAGACAGGAGAAGCAAAAUGGCUUCACCAAGAAGACAAAACAGUCAGAAGAGAAAACCGGUCUGAAAAGAGACUCCAUAAACAUGAUGGCAGAUUACAGUCAUGCCCCAUUUUGAGUUCCCACUAGUUCUUUUAACCGAAUGCUUACUCGCUCGGGAUGCAAGAUGGCUGCUGCAUAUGGAAAUGAAGCUGGAUGAAUGGGUCAAAUAGAUGGAGAGAAACAAGGAAAAAGGUGAAUGAACUCAGGAGGAGGUGGGUCCUUUGCUUGAAGGCAAAUUUACUUUUAUUGUUUUGAUUUGUUUUAUUUGUAAUUAGUGAUUCCAAAUCAAAUCGAACAUAAUGAUGAGGGGUUUGGGAAGACGGUCCUCCCUGUACGCAGCCCUAUCUGUUUCUUUGACAUCGCUUUAAAGCACCAUUUUGCUUCCCCAAUCGGACUCGGCACAAAUGCAGGAUGACUAAAACUGAAGGCGGUUGGUUUGUGUAAAAUAAGUUAUACUCAUACAGCAGGAAAUUUAGAGUUCUAGUUUGUUUUAACAGCGUUUUGGACCCAAAUGGUUAUUCCUGCUUUAGCCAUUUGUAUCCCUUUAUUUCUGUUACAUUCAGUUUUAAUGCGUAAAUUCCUGAACCAACACAGCUGUUUGUCGGACGCCUUCAUAACUCUAAGUCUCGAUAAAUUGGGACCACGUUACCCUUUUUGAAAACUCACUCAACCUUUGCUGUAGCUUGCACCAUUUUGCUUCCUCAGUGGAGUACAGAUAAAAUAAGGCAA